UUUUCUUAUAUUUUGAAUAAGGAUUAGAAUCGGUUAAUUGUUAAUCUUUGAUUGUGAUCAUUUUAAUCGUUAAUUUGUUGAAUUAGUUUAAUUAAACAAUUGAUUAUAAUCUUAACUUUGCAAAAUGAGUGAUGCCGAUGAUGAUUUUAUGGUUGAUGAUGAUGAAGAUUAUGAUUUGGAAUAUUCUGAGGACAGUAAUUCAGAGCCUGAUGUUGAUCUAGAGAAUCAAUAUUACAAUUCCAAAGCUCUUAAGGAAGAUGAUCCUAAAGCGGCAUUACAAAGUUUCCAAAAAGUUCUGGACCUUGAAAGUGAUGAGAAAAAUGAAUGGGGAUUUAAGGCUCUCAAACAGAUGAUUAAAAUCAAUUUUAGAUUGGGUCAAUAUGAAGAGAUGAUGGCCAGAUACAAACAAUUAUUAACUUAUAUUAAAAGUGCUGUCACAAGAAAUUAUUCAGAAAAAUCUAUCAACUCCAUUCUAGAUUAUAUUUCCACCAGCAAACAGAAUCAACCGAAAAUCAAACCUUUGUCCAAGAUGGAAUUACUUCAAGAAUUUUAUGAGACCACUUUGGAAGCAUUGAAAGAUGCUAAAAAUGAUCGUCUUUGGUUUAAGACCAACACUAAAUUGGGUAAAUUGUAUUAUGAUAGAGGUGAAUUUAAUAAAUUAGCCAAGAUAUUAAAGCAGCUUCAUCAAUCUUGCCAAAAUGAUGAUGGAUCCGAUGAUUUGAAAAAAGGAACCCAAUUAUUAGAGAUUUAUGCAUUAGAAAUUCAAAUGUAUACAGCUCAAAAGAAUAACAAAAAACUAAAGAAACUCUAUGAACAAUCCUUAUGCAUCAAAUCCGCUAUCCCUCAUCCGUUAAUCAUGGGAGUGAUUAGAGAGUGUGGUGGUAAAAUGCAUCUACGUGAAGGUGAAUAUGAAAAGUCACAUACCGAUUUUUUUGAAGCCUUUAAAAAUUACGACGAAUCAGGAAGUCCAAGGCGAACAACUUGUCUCAAAUAUUUAGUUCUUGCCAAUAUGCUCAUGAAAUCGGGUAUUAAUCCGUUUGACUCUCAAGAAGCUAAACCUUACAAAAAUGAUCCGGAAAUACUUGCAAUGACCAACCUUGUCAGCGCUUAUCAGAAUAAUGAUAUCCAUGAAUUUGAGAAGAUUUUGAAAAACAAUAGAAGAACCAUUAUGGAUGAUCCUUUCAUCAAAGAACAUAUUGAAGAUCUAUUGAGAAACAUACGAACUCAAGUUUUAAUCAAACUUAUUAAACCUUAUACUAGAAUACACAUUCCUUUUAUAUCUCAGGAGUUAAACAUAGAUGCAUCGGAAGUUGAAAAUCUACUUGUAUCAUGUAUCCUGGAUAAUACAAUUCAAGGACGAAUUGAUCAAGUCAAUCAAAAUUUAGAAUUAACUAAAAGUACUUUAACGGGUGCCAGGUAUCGAUCAUUGGAAAAAUGGACAAGUCAAUUAACAUCUUUACACUCAACAAUAGUUAACAAAAUGGCCUAAAAAACACUCGUAUACACACACACACAAAGAAUUGUUAUUAUCAUGCUUGAUCUUUUUUUUCUAGUUGUCUGAGCGAAGCGAAAAUUUUACAUGGAAAUUUCCCAAAUUCUGUGACUCGAUAACUCGAGAAAUAAAAUUCUGAUUUACACCAAA